CCACUGAGCGACAAGGCUGCACAUUGUGCUGCUGCUCAGACCGGCCAACCAACCAACCAGCCAGCCAAGGUUACACCGACGAUCCCUCUGCUCUAAAAGGUAGGCAGUCCUUUCCUCCUCCUCCUCUUCCUCCUCCUCUUCACACAGCUGCAGCUCAUCACACACUCUCAACAUUUCACCCCCUUUCGGAAACGCUACCGGGACGUUUUGGACGACUUUAAGGUGAGGUUUUCCGUCGUUUUACACCGCGCAUGGCGUCUGUUCUCACGGGGAGUUUCGGUGAUGCUGAAGCGGUGACCUCUACUGUUUCUGGAGCUUUGGAUGCGACCGACAGGAUGCGAUAAGUUUGUCGGAAUCAUUUAAUUAAUAAAUUGUGGAAGUUUUCGCUAAAAAACCGAAACAAACGAGGAAGAGAGAACAGCGUUAUCAUCUCAUCUUUUGGUUUAUGAGGUUAUCAGAUGGCUGUUUUUAUACCGAGCAGGACUGUAGGGAAAGUGCAGUUUAGAUUCCACCAGUGACCCUGUUAGGAAAUCACUUUUAUACAGUAUUUUACAGUAAAAAACCAAACCGAACUCAGCUGUAGGGGAACAUGUCUCCGCAUUUAUCACGGAUUCGCUUUUACGCAUCAUCCUGGGUUUGACUUUAAAACGGAGCCGGACCGGCACAGUAAUGUCAGAUUGGUUGUUUGUUGCCUAUUUUGACUGAAGUGUUUGUGCUUUUGAGAGACUCUAUUGAAUGUUGCUACUUUUUUUUAGCUGAGGUCUGCACAAAAUGAUCAGAUUGGAAACUUCUGGAAAGCCAUUUUAAACGCUAAGGCUGUAUAUGCUGCUAUGCAACAGUCAUAUUAUCCUGAGACAGAACUGAACUGAUCUCUCAUCUGUUAAAUUUACUGCCAUGCAAAAUAAAUGGCGUGCAAGGCAGUAAACGGCAACUUAUCUGAACCUAUUAUGCAAAUGAAAAGUCACUUUGCCCUGUCACUGUUUAAUAUUACCCUUACAUUUUAAUUAUCAUGCACCUGAGCCGAUAUUUGGAUCGGGUAUCUGAUGAAUGACGCCGAUCCAACGUUCCGAUCCAGUCUUUUAUUUCUUUUAAUUAAUAUCAUACACGACAACACAGCGAUUUUGUUCACUCUGUACUCCAUGUCUGUCUGUCCUUUUGCACUGAAUGUUUACAUGGAAUUCUUGCUUCUUUUUGCUGUGUGCUAAUGUGCAGUUUGUUAUUUGUUGAUAAAUAAUAAGUACAUUUAUAUCUGCGUUAAUUUGCUACCUUUAAUGUCAAGACUGAUGCCUUUACUCACAGGGCAAGGUAUACAGUUCAUUCAUUCAACAGUAGUAUUGGAUCGGUAUCGGAUAUCAGCCGAUAUGCUCAGCCUAGGUAUUGGUAUUGGAUUGGAUUGGAAAAAAAAUGGAUCAUUGCAUCUCUAAUUUGGAGUAGGUCAAUUAUCUGUCUGUCUGUCUGUCUGUCUGGGGGCAGUCAAUAUUCAAAAUUAAGUUAUUUCAUGCAGCAAAAUCAACAGACAGCAUACUUUUGAACCGGCUGUUUUAUUAAUUUUUAUUUUACUUAUUCACUGAAAUUAUGAUGAACCAUAUAUCGUCACAUCAACAUCAAACAUUUGCAAGUCCUGUAAUCUGAUCAUAAUCAGCUUUAUUGACCAAGUAUGUGUACACAUACAAGGAAUUUGACUCCUCCUUUAAACUUAGCCUUCUAUGUAAACACAUUAAACAUGAAAUGCUACAAAAAAUGUCUUUCAAAAUAAGCUUUUUUUCAAAAUAAAAGACAUGUCAAACAUCAGAAGCGCGUUAAAUAUUUACUUUUUUGACCAGCUGUUUGCGACCCAUCCAGAACAUGUCCACGACCCACUUUUGGGUCGGGGCCCACUAGUUGAGAACUGCUGGUCUAAUAGAGAUUUUGAAAGCAGAGCCAGCUUUGUCGGAAAAGUGUAACGGUAGACAAACUAUGGGCUACUUACUUAUUUUGUUAACUUUUACACAGCCCCGUCCCGGCUCUGACUGCAGGCUUUGUAAGACUGAAUGAGUCAUGAUCCAGAGUGUCGAUGACAGAUCAGCAAGUUUAUCAUUCGCCCGUGGAAACUAAUAUCUUUCACCACACUUAAAGGCGGGUUUCAAGAACAAUAAAUUCAGUGAUUCAGGCGGUUGUUGCUAAAUAUUGUAGUCUGGAUGACUGAAAUACAGCCCGGUGACACAGCUACAAAUUCAGGCAUCAUCUUCAUCUGACAAAUGACCUUUGAUCAUCACAUCACCAGUCUUGUUCAGUCCUGUUUUGUAGAAAUAUGACUACAAUCAGAGUUAUGCUGUCUUUUGCUGACUUUGACUCUGGUUUGGCACUGGCGCUGUUUUGUGCUGUAUUUUCAGAAACUCUGGAUGAAGGUCCUUGAGAUGAAAAGAAUCAGGGUGUUAAAAAGUUCUGCUCCUCCUUUUAUCGUCUGUGAUAUUUCAACACUGCUGAAUAGUUUCACACAGCUGGCAUGUUGAAGCUUGUUGGUGUGCAUAAUCUUUUAUUGUGUGUGUGCAGAUAUAGAAUAAACGCAUCAGUAAAUCAGUCAUGAAUUCAUGUGGGAAUUCUCCCUUCAGUAGAAACUGAUACUUGGCUUUGUAAGACUUUAUCUGCCUUUGUUGACGUUAUGUUAACGAUAUUAUGCAUUCACAGUGGAGUCCUAUUGUGCAGCUUCAUGCUUGCAAAGACCUGCUCUCUGCAGCUGAUUCGCUCUCCUGUUGUUACUUGUGCCCUAAUAAAGGCCGCACAGAUUAUUGUGUUCUGCUGAAGUAUAAUGCAUAUCUGGCAAACCCUGCAUGGAUACGACUGUGCUGAGGUUGAAUACAUUAAGCCUCAUUUUGUUUCAGUUGGGAAAGUGAUUAUGAACAGAUGCAAUAAUCAGUAACUGGCUUCUUGUUGCCCAGGCAACAAAGCGAUUCGUCUGAGUUUGAUUAUCCACACAGAUUUUUUUCUUUUAAGUGGGGUGAUUGAGUUUGCAAAGAGGCUUUUGAGAGGUGAACUGUAUUAGACGCUGUAUAUUUUUGAAUGUAUGAAAUUGUGUACAACCAUAGAGAAAUUGGUACAUGAGGAUUUUGAGUCUGUUAUUUAAGAGAUUCAAGCAUUGAAGUGUCAGGAUUUAAGUUGACUUCUUUAAUAUCCUGUCUGUAUAAAUUACAUAAAAACAAAGUCACUUGUGCGCUCCUAUAGCUCUGUUUGCCAUUUUCCCAUAUCCUGUGAUUGUAUAUCAGAGCUGAAAUCGAGAUACUUCGGCUCAAUAUGAGUCACCUUUCGAGGUUAUGAUGCGUAAGCUUAAAGCUGUGUUUUACUUUCACCUCCAACAUCAACAAAUCUGACCUGAGACAAAAGGAUGAAACUCAUCCGCAGCUGAAAUCAGUUUUAUUCAUCAUCUUAACUUGUUUUCUUUUCGAUUUCAGGGAUGUGUGGUGCAGAGCUUUACGCAGCUGUCCUAUCAUUUAGUUUCACAUCCAAAUGAGCCUUUGUGGGAGACAGUAACAUGCAGGAGAGUCUGGAGUGUUGGUGUUAUAUUUCCAGCUGUAGAUGCAGGUGUAGAGGCUGUCAAGCGGUGCAGCAGUCUGUGACAUAAUUGGACCAAAUUGAAUGUACAGCUCAUAAACACAUCUGUGGAAAUGGGGAACGCAGUAUGCUGUUAUUUCUGGGACUGUGCAGAGGAGUUUUCUGCAAAUCCUGAAGUGAUACAGCAGAGUCCUGGGAUUUAGGAGCCAAUAUAGAGGCUUGCAGGAGUGUGCCAGUAGUGAGGUGAUGAUAAAUAAAGAGCGUGUUCCUGAGAGAUUUUAGGUUUUCUAGUGAGAAGAUCGGGUACUAGGAUUUGGACAGUUUUGCUCUGCAGAGAUAGUUAAUCUGUAAAAAUUUCAUAAGAACACUGUCUCCCAAAACUUUGACCCAAGUUUCAGCCAACACUGCGUACUCUUUUGUUAUUUGUGUGAUAGAAAUAUGUGCAUUAUAUAUUUGAAUAAUCGUGGAUAAUUAGACAAACUCCCGUGGAGAAACAUUGCUUUUGGUGGAGUUGUAAGUUUUGGUGUGAAAAACCAAAAACAGAGCUUUGAAACCAAAGAUGUUUGUUCAGGCUUCGUCCAAAUCUGAGGAUAGAAGGGAGAAGAGAAACAGGCUCGACUACAGGCAACAUAAACUUCAAAUCAAGUGAUCCAUCAGGCUGGGAAUGCUCAGCUCUCCAUACUUGGAUGAAAGGCCUUCUGCUUUUUGUCACAGAGCGACUGUCCUCAGCAUCGCAGUGAGCGACUUAAAUGGAGAGUACUCACCACUGAAUGUUCAUGCUCUUGUUUAACCUGCUGAGGUCAUGCCAACCUUUCGUUGGCACUCAAAAGCGAAGGAUAAACAUGCUAAUAAUAAUGAACCACAUGAGUUGGACAGCUUUGGCAGGAGAACAUGAAGAAUCAGAAAUAUUUGGUCUUAGAAAUUCACCAAGGAUGCCAAAGCCUGGAGGGGAUCUUUUAAAAAAACAACAUAUUUUGACUCAAUUUUUACCCUUAAAAUUUAAAGACACAGGCGCAACAAAAGUGGUAUCUGCUACAUUAAACAGCCUGAGAUAUGAGCAGACUUGACCUUUUGUUGAGACAAAACAUAUUUUUCAUUUCAAGAUUUACUUUUGGGCUUUAUGUCUGUAUUUUAUCGCCCAGUUGAAGAGAGAAGAGAGAGAGGAAAUGAGGGAAAAAUAGAGUUUAGAGUUCAUGCAUGCACCGCAGUUUUGACCUGCAACCGAUAUGUUUAAGAAGCUGCCUCUGUAUACGGGCUCACGGACCCUCAGAAACCAGAGAUCAUUAGACUAAAGUUAUGACUGAUUUGCCUAAAGGAAGAUUAAUUGGACAUGUUAAAAGCAUUAAUUAUUUUUAAAAUAUUUUUGAUUCUUCUCAUUUUUAGACUUGCCAAUCUUGAUUCUCUUUUUUACAUAUGCUGUCAGGAAUUUAAGGACGUCUACGCCUAGAAUUUUCCAAAACUGCUUGUUCAUGUAUUUCCUUCUUCCCUGUCAGAGGACAUGCGAGUUUGACAGGGAGUUCGAGUCAUCAAUAGUUAACCGCAAAACCACAGCGUGAUUUUUACAGCAUGAUGGUGAACAAAGCAAGAGAGGCUGCAGUCAAAUAUUUUGCUGCUGCUCUCUUUGUUAACAUAUUUGCACCCCUUCAACCCUAGGUGUUUUUACUUGCGCAGUUAUAUGUAAUUCACUCUUCUUACUUGACAAUAGCUGCAUAAUUGGGUCAUUACCUGCCUGUUUGCUCUUAAUUCAACUCACCCCAACUUCAUGCAGACAUUUUACCCCAGGGCUGAGAGGAAAAAUAGCAUUCACACAUGCAGCCCACCCUGAAGAAUUUGGGAGGUUUUUGGGUCAUAAAUCAUAAAUGUGUCAGUUCAUCACGAUGUCCUUUCUGUAAGUGGUAAAAAAAUAACGAGAUGAACGCUGGUUAUAAAUUUUUAUGAGAUCUUUUUCUGUCGAAGGAUCAUGAAUUUUUAUAUUUUACAAUAAAUCUGAGUUCUCUUUUCUUUUUUGUUCUGUUUUUAGGUGACAAAUGGAGACCUUCAAUCAUAAACUUAACACUUAUUUCGAGUCAUGGAUGGGUCCCAGAGGUGAGUCAAGUUUGAGUCAUCAUAUUAGUAACUCCUGUUGAAUGUGCUGCUCUUGUGUUUGUCUGUGUGUGUGUUGAAAACGUUGGGAUUACUGUAAAAUGAACAGAAGAGGUGGAGGUAAACAUUACUUAAGACCUCUCACCCAAGUGUUUCAUUAUGCUCUGUUCUCAUGCAUGUACUUGCACAAGGACUCCGUCAAAGUUUUUCACCCUCGUGUUGUUAACCCUUCUCUGUGUUGAGCAAACAUUCCUCGCUGUGCUGCUGUUCUCCAUGAGUAAAAACUGCCGUCUGCUCCUCUGUGUUUCAGAUCAACGGGUGAGAGGAUGGCUGCUGCUCGACAACUACCCUCCCACCUUUGCACUGACAGUCAUGUACCUUCUGAUCGUGUGGAUGGGGCCAAGGUACAUGAAGCACAGACAGCCGUACUCCUGCAGAGGCCUCCUGGUGCUCUACAAUCUGGGCCUCACGCUGCUGUCCUUCUACAUGUUCUAUGAGGUAAAUGGACCGAGGUGUGCUGAAGUAGGUCAAAGUGACACAGUAGGAUUGUCAGAGCGACGAGACGAGGGAGGUUUACCCUUAGUUUAAAAAGACAGACGCGUAUAUAAAAGGGAUAUUCCGGCGUAAAAUUAAUUUAGGGGCAAACACACUGCAACACCGAAUUGUGCACCCCCUCAAGAGAUGAAUAUUGCUGACCGCUAAUACCAACUUUAGUAACAACCGCAGGAUAGCAAUACACAGCGCUCCGAACCAACCAAAACGCCACUCUAUAUCCACAAAUAAUGCUCAGAACAGCACCUAACUUCAUCAACAGGACAUAUAGCACUGCUAGUGUGCAAAUCUUAGCAUUUAGACCCCAUCAGGGUCACUGUAAUCCUGGUUUACUGGUUCUGACGUGUUUUUCAAAGUUGUUUUGAGUUCCAACAAAUAUGUUUAAAACACAAAUACGUUCUGGUUUUGGAAGAUCUCUCUUCUUGUUUUCCUGGUUUAAAUACUGAGAUCACCUCCAUGCUUACAACACUGAUUUGCCCAUAUGUCAGUCAGCGUCACUGCCAAGGCUGUCGCUGUUUGAACCAACAUAAAAUCAUCCUUAAUACACUGGGAGUCAAAGAUCUGUACUGGAUUGUUUGUUGAUUAGCUAGCCCAACUUAUCACACUGACAUUACCUGCUGAUUUAUGUGAGGAAGGCUAGCUCUCAUCCAGAAAGGAAGCCAUAGAAAGCUCUCAGAGAGUUACAGCUUAAUGUGCAAAACACCAGGCAACAAAUAUGCUGCAUUUUACACUUAGUGCAAGUGCUGUUUACAGUCAUUUAUGAAGCCUGAAGUUUGAGCUGAACUUAGCUUUAAGACUGAAAAAACAGCAAUGAUAAAAACAAGCUUCAUGAUUUUCUGAUAGGACCAAAGUAAGAGGUAUCAAUCUUCAAAUUAACCUUCAGCAACAGAGCUAAAAAGUGCAUUUUCCCAAAGCUGUUGAUCCAUUUCUUGAGCAUUUGGCACCGAUGAGGCAGAGGCUUGUGAAUAGAGGGGAGAUACAAUGAUUUCAGAACAAGAGAGAGACACAUCUGGACGCUGACAGGCUCUUUGUUUCUGUCAUCAGCUCCCUCUUACGCCUUUGGAGACAGCUGCAUUCGUUUGAUGGAAAGCUGCUUUUGAUAAACAGCUGCCUAAAUAACUGAAAUUGAUAGAAACAGAGAUGUAAAAAAAUAUGAAACAGUGUGAGCUGAAUUUAUUGUGAUAGAAAACGUCUUUGUGUUGGUCUGAAUUAUCCGUCCUCUCCUCUAAAUCCCACCGGCAGAGAAAGUUCCUUGUCUUUCUGUCUGCAUUGCGUAAGGCCCCAGAGGACGGCUGACUGUGGGGUGAACUUUUGGCAGUCCAAAAUCAAUGUCACCAAAACUGCCCUGUGCUUCGACGUGAUUAAAGUACAGGGCAGCGCGGUUAUUGUCAGCCGUCCAGGGCACAGAGGCUUAUCACAUAAUGAUGGUGAAUAAUUUCAUUUUUAUUCAUGGGGACACUGAUCCCGCUGCAGGUUUGGAGAAAGUAUCAGGGAGGUGUAUAAAGUCAGAGGGGGACAUAAUGAUAUAAUACUUAAUGUUGUAAAACCCCAAUAGAUCCUAAUGUCUGCUCUGAACUUGAGGCAGUUUCUUGGCCCUGGGAUUAUUCAGUAAAGCUUUUUACAGCGGCGGACAAAGACUGUAGAUCUUUAUUGAUUUGGUGAAUCAGCAUUAAGCUGAGCCAUCAGUGUGCAUUUGAUAAUUUAUUCUAAAAGGGAGGAAUCUGUGUUCUUUUAACAGGGAGCACCUCUUAGCUUUUGGACAAUUUUUUUUAGAGAGGGGUUAAGAAUUAGAUCUAUUUGACUCUCAAAAACACUGAAUUUUCAGCAAAUCUAUUUUGCUGAUGAAGGAAAAUGUUUACUGCUUUGUCCAAACUCCACAAAGUCAUACUAUGAUGUAACGCUGUGACGAGUACAAAACGCAAAUCCAACCGAUCUUAUCGUGCAAAAUAUGACUUUUUCGGUGGAUUAAUAUAAUGGCAAUAUAUCUGCUUUCUCAUAUCGUCAUCUCUGUGUAUUGUGAGCGAGCCUCUUACACUGUAAGAUGACUUCACAACCUAAAAUGAGCAAUUUUAGCAGCAAUUAAAGAUCAGUCAUCCAAGCUUGACAUUAAAAAUGUGGUUAUCUGUCUUUGUAUGAGCCUGUGUGCGUUUUUAACUAACUUAGAAGUGAAAGUAAUGAGGUAAACAUUCUCCAAGUUUUCCAUUUAGAUUCAGCUACACCGCAGAUUUGUACUUUUCUCCAUUCAUUAAUCUUAACAUGUUUUUCCUCAGCUUGUCACAGCUGUUUGGCACGGAGGAUACAACUUCUACUGCCAGGACACUCACAGCGCACAUGAGGUGGAUAACAAGGUGGGUCAGAUUUGCAAAAUUCAACCUUUUGACUUUUAUUUUGUUGAUUAUGUGACUUAAGUCAUUUUGUGACAUACAUACAGUAUCAGGGCUGCCAAGUUUCAGAAAAUGACAAGAGUGAGAGUAAAGCGUUAUGUGUUCGGCUGCCGACCUGCGAAAGAAAUUUAAAGCUCCUGUGAGAAAAUAACAGUUGAUGAUAGUUUUGGCGCCCCCUAGUGACAGAGCAGUCUUUGUUUGUCUUGUCGUCUACAUGCUUGGGUAGUGUCCUGAUUAAAAAAAGUGAUCAUACUGACUAGUGACCAUCAAAUGUCUCUUUUAUUAUAACAUUUUAUAAUAAAUUUAAUUUAAUGAAGUUCUCAAACAGUUUCGGACACUUCAUGACCUGAAAUUCACAAACUCUAAUUUAAAGCCCCUGUUAGGAGUUUUCAGGUGUUGAUGAAACAGAAGAAAGUUGAUUCUGAUGCCUUUCUAAACCUGCUAAAGCAAACAAAACUACCAACAACAGGACUGACGGUUUCUGUGCUGUAUAUUUUGAUCUUUAAACAAAUGCUGCUCACUUUAUAUUUAGCAUUACGGCUGAUUGUUUAGGUUGACUUUGCAUGUGUUUACUUUUAUUUACAUAUUUUAGAUAAAAAUAUCAAAUUAUAAAUCACUUAAUCUUAAGAUAAAUAGAAUCAAGAUGUACUUCUAUAUGUAUUUUAAAUUAAAUCUAUUGCUUUGUUUUCUUUGAGUCUGAGCAGAUAAGCUGCAGAGUCAGAGAUUCAGUUUAAUCCCAAUCAUGUCACCGUGACGAGUCUCUGCAGCUCUUUGGUGGAGGUGAAACAAAGCUCAGGGUGAAACCUGCCAAGCUUUUCAGCUCUGCGCUGAUUAAAUCAAAGUUUUAUCAUUGUGCCACGGCUGAAAUGAAGCGCUUUAUGAUUUCAUCCUGAACUUUCAAGGACAAACUGCUCAUCACCCAGAAACUGGAUUUUUUAAAAUCAUUUUUAAACCGCUGCCGUCUCACUGUCUCCUCCUCAGAUCAUAAAUGUCCUGUGGUGGUAUUACUUCUCCAAGCUCAUCGAGUUCAUGGACACUUUCUUCUUCAUACUAAGAAAGAAUAACCACCAGAUCACCUUUCUGCACAUCUACCACCACGCCAGCAUGCUGAAUAUCUGGUGGUUUGUGAUGAACUGGGUACCCUGUGGCCAUUGUGAGUAUUUCCCUGCGUCAGUGGCACAAGCCUCUCUAGCGACAAACUCAUUACAAACCCAUUAGCUCUAAAAAUAGUCUGUAAAUAGCCUUAAAAACACAAUUUCCACAUAUUGAGAUGAGAUGUGACACAUUUGUCCCCUUUUUCUAGAUUUUCUUGUGCAAAUUUACGACAUCAUUCUGCAAGUUAUUUACCUUUUAAAUGCAAAAUCACCCAAAAACUAUUAUGAAGUUUACAUUAUUCAUUAUUUUUUGGUGGUCUUUACAGUAUUACUUAAGAGUAAAUUGCUUUUAUUGAUUUUACUUUGACUGCCAGUUUCAGACUAAUAAAAUGUUUGUACUCCCUGUACAGUCAUGCUCUAGUGGAAAUGAAUCACUCUCCCUCGCUCACUGUCUGUAACCGUUUCCUGUCGAUGAAUAACCUCCAGCGUCUCUCUCCUGUCUCUCACCAGCGUACUUUGGUGCCUCUUUAAACAGCUUCGUCCACGUCGUGAUGUACUCUUACUACGGCCUCUCAGCCAUACCAGCCAUGCGGCCGUACCUCUGGUGGAAGAAGUACAUCACACAGUUUCAGCUGGUGGGUUUACAAACACUUAAAGGGAGAUUAAGUUAGGGUCAAACACACAGUAACACUGAGUUAGACACCCCUUCGAGAGAUGAAUGUUGCCGACCGCUUGCUUCUCUAGUUGUAGUACUAGCCACCAAACUUCUUUUCAACUUUGGCAAAUUUCUUUAGCAAAGAGACUAAAAACAACUCACCAACUCUCUUCCAGCAGCCACUUGUUUGUAGCAAGACCUCGGGACAGUCCCAGUCAUAGCUAGUACUAUGGCUAGGACCCAUAUGUCCUGUUGAUGAAGUUAGGUGCUGUUCUGAGCAUUAUUUGUGGCUAUAGAGUGGUGUUUUGGUUGUGGUUUAUGUGUAGUUCCAUAGACCGCUGUGUAUUGCUAUCCUGCGGUCGUUACUAAAGUUGGUAUAACUAGAGAAGAAAGCGGUCGGCAACAUUCAUCUUUCGACGGGGUGUCUAACUCUGUGUUACGGUGAGCUUGACCUUCAUUUUAUGCUGGAAUAUCCCUUUAAGAAGGAAAAAGCAACACUGCUGAAUAAAACGCUUGUAAAAUACCAGCUAAAGUCAGACAUUAACUUCAGUCGAUUUAAAGAUAUACCGAUAAUAUCAAAGGUCAGAGUUGUUAUCAUGUAGAAAAAGGUUUACCACAACAGAAUUUGCAUAUGCAUGAAUAAACACUAAGGUUCUUAAAAAAAAAAUCAGGUUAUUUUAAGUGUGUUUUGAGUCUCUUCUCUCUGGUUUGUGUUUGAUCAUAUUUCUAUGGUGCACAUGUUUUCUUCAGCAGCCUCUUUAGCGUUAACGCAGUGAAGAUGUUUGUCCAUCUGAGAUAUUUUCAGCUCUCGAUCAAUGCCGCCUGUCUAUAGGCUCUCUGUGUCACCUUCUCACUGUGUCUGCACAUGUGUGUGUCAUAUUUCCUCCACAGAUCCAGUUCUUUUUAACCAUGUCUCAGACCAUAUGUGCAGUCGUAUGGCCGUGCGGGUUCCCUAUGGGUUGGCUGUUCUUCCAAAUAGGCUACAUGGUCACACUCAUUGCAUUGUUCUCAAACUUCUACACACAGGUCAGUUUUUAAAAUUGUUUUACAGUUUUUAUUGAGGUGAAUAACUUUUUUAUUGUCCUACAAUCCCUCUAGUAAACCUGAAGUAACUCUUGCCCCAGUCCUUUUCAUCCUUUAUAAUCCAUAAUGUCAUUAAAAGGUUGAGAAAGUGCUGUACAAACAAGACAGGCCCAAAAGCAGCACUGGUGGCUGUGAUCUUUGGACCAUCAUGCAGCACUAGGAUACAAACAGACAUAACUCUGUAGUGGAAAUCACUGCUUUGGCUCAAAAUUCAAAUUUAAUGUGGAGGUUAUUGUUGAAUCCUAAAAUACAGGUUAAAACUGAACAAUGCAGAGGAAACCAAAUAUAAACACGGCUGUUUUCUAGUAUUAGGUGGGCGUGUCCAGGGGAAGAGGGAUGUUAUUAUUCAAAAUUCAAGUCUAAAUCUGGAGCUGUGAGGUGUUGACUACUGAAUUUAUUCUGUUAAGGAGCAAGGAUUAACUUUCAGUACUGAUAACGGCACAAAGGGUGGUAUUUGAAAAACUGUCAUCUGCCUGUAAACAUUUUUAUUUUACUACUUAAAAAACUGUACAGGUUGGAUUUGACAUAUCCUAUUAGGAAUAUAAAAAUUUGAGUAUUUUUUAGGAUAUCUAUUAAAAGUACUGGGUGUGGAAAUGGUAUAUAAGUCAAUAUUUGGCAGUCAGACUCUAGACUAAAGUGCUCCAUUGUUCUCCUGUGAUGCAUCCUUCACUUGAAUCUUAUUGCUAAAUGCUGCCAGAUUCUACGCACUGUCCCUUUACAGAAGAAUAUCAUAUCUGUAAUAUUACAUGUAGGGCUGGGCGAUAAAACGAUAACCAUAUUUAUCGAAAGAUAAUUUCCCUCAAUAUCAGUAUAAAACAUGGUCAAUAUCCUUUUUGAUAGUCGGCAUUCUGCCUUGUUUUGGAGGACUAUACCAAUAGCCGAUGAAAAGCUUCGCGCUGAACUAAUCAUGAGCUGAAUUAGAACCAAGUAGCAAACAACUGUGUAGUAGGAAACUGCAGCUACACGCAACCAUAGCACUUUAACACAUGAAGCCGACAGCACUGUUGGUGAGAAAAAAAGAAAAUGAGUGCUACCCCCGACAGAAAUGCAGAUGAAGACAAAAUAGAUGACGAUAUCGUCGACAACACUGUUACAAAAAUGUUGGUGGUGUGGAGGUAUUUUGGUUUUUCAAGGUUGGACAUGAAGCAGAGUAAUGUGUACUGCAAAUCAUGUCGAGUAAAUGUUCUCACAAAGUCGGGGAAUAUCUCAAAUCUUUUUCACCACCUGAAGAAGUGACAUGCAGCAGAGCACGCGCAUUGCAAAAGGUUAAAAACUCAGAUCGCAGCAAAGAGCCUGUGGCACCUGUGCAGCCAAAACAGCCGACCAUUCAGUCCACUUUGUCUAGCGUAAUGCCUUACGACAAAACAUCAAGGAGACACAAAGACCUCACAGAUGCAAUAGCUUAUUGUAUUGCAAAAGAUAUGCUACCAAUAAGCACUGUUAAUUGCUUAUUAUAUGUAAAAAAAAAAAAAUGUAAACACUUUUUCUCUCUGCCUUAUUUUCUCCUCCCAGACUUACAAGAAGCACAGCGUUUCUCUUAAGAAGGAGCACCAGAACGGCUCUCUCGCAUCAACAAACGGACAUGUGAACGGGACGGCGUCUUCGGAGCGCUCUGCAUACAAGAAACUAAGGAUGGAUUGACAUUUGAGGAACCGCCACCCAGCUCUCAGUGUAGCAUGUUAGCUAAUGCUGCUAAGAGGUAUAUGUAUCUUCUAUUGUAGAAUAGUCUCAUGCACUCACUUGAGAAGAAAUAAGCCAUAGCCACAUGUAUCCUGAGACUCUCCGUGUUUUUGCACAUUCCUACUCAUGGUAUCGAACGAUAAAAUUAAUAUAUUUGAAGAACAGGAGUGUCACAGUUUGGUUGAUGUUGCACAAUAUUGCCGCCAAGAGGGAAAUAUCCCUCCAAUGCAAAAAAAGUCUUUCGUGCUACCAGCAAACAAACACACAUCUUAACUCAUGAAAUGGCGCUUUUUACUGAAGGUCCAAAGAUGAGAGCCCUUGUGUGUGUCGGCAGCUGAAGGUUUCAUCAUCCUUAACAACCUGAGGAACAACGGGCUAAGCGCUGCGGUCCUUAAUGUGUAACUAGAGCAUGCUUCUUGCGCCUGCUUGACUUUACCCCUGCAUGUAGUGUUGCAAACUCCUAAAUAUUGCCCUCUGUCAUACUGUAAUGUGUAUUUAUUGACAGGUUGCAGUAGACCAAGUUGAAUUUGCCGGGUGUUUGCAGAGCGGGGUCUCUAGUUUGGAAUAUGUAGCCAUCCAACUAAAGUGUAACCAAAGCUUGAGGUACUUUGCCGCAUUUAUACGUAAAAUCAGGUGAAGACACAAUGUGAAGGAGGAGUUGUUGUGUAUUAUGAGCACAGUAGAAACUCAUUUCCUCUGACAUCCCUCAUGUUAUAAAACCAGCUCUUUAUGCAAAAUGUUAUAUCUACUGUAGCUUUAUCUAGUAAUUACAAAAAGUACUUGAAUUCAUUAAAUUAUUGAGGAUGCGUUGCCUAUUAGGGUGCAGUGCAGCUGUUUAUUGGUUAUAUUUAGGUAACAAAUUUAUAAAGCUGAUGUGUAUAUUUCAGUGCUACAUGCUUGAAUAUGUUAUAGUCAGAUAAACUUUAUAAUAUAGUUGAGGGUUAAAGCGUAGAGUUGACCUCAGGAACAGCAGUUCAGAAAAUAAUCUCACCAUAGAUCUGUUUGUAGACACUCUGAAGCUUUUAAUAAUUUCAUGAUCUUCCUAAACUUUUCUCAGCUUUCAUAAGAAGUCCUUUAAAUUCUAUGAAAAGACAGAAAAGUGAAUAUUUAUGAAGCAAAAACUCAAAAUUAAGCAAGUCAGAUUGAUCUUAUUUAACUAAAUACAAGCCUCAUUUAUCUGAAGAGCCCAGAUAAACAUUUAUUGUGAGAUAUUAAAGGCAAAAAUAAUUCCUUACUAUCCUCUAAUGAGAAAUAUAUAAGAAAGUAUUAAUUCAAGAAAUUUAAUGAGCAAAUUUUGUUGUUUUUAUUGAUUAAAAUCAAUCUAGGGCUUAUUUUUUCCUUAAAAUAUUUUAAAAUUAAGAUGCUCAUUUGGACUGUCAAGAAAUGAAGGGUUGGAUUAAGUUUAUUGAGAGAGAGAACACCUGCCUGGAUUAGAGUUUUUUCAGCGUACAAAGCUUGUAAGAUCAUGCAGUUCAAUCAAAAAGCUCCAGAGCAGCAACUUAAUUCACACUUUGGUCGUGUACUUUGUCAAAUAAUGCUCAGCUAUUAUUUAUUUUUGAGUCUUUGCAUAAACAGGGUGCCUUCUGGACCAGUUGAUUUUGUUUCUACUUUUGCUUUUUCGUCCUUUAAAUGUGUAAAGUCAUAUUAGUCCAUAUCAGACUAAUGUGUGUCUAAUGCCCUGUUCAGAUCUUGUGCCUGUAUCAUGUACCUGCUUCAGGAGAAAUCAAACGUCCUAAACCAUAACUCCUAACUAUUGACUGACACUUAACACAAAAGUCCUGUUGAGCUCAUUCGCUUUGAAAUCAGCCUCUAAGCUUUCUUGUACCUUUUAUAUUUGACGUGCUAAUAUAAAAUUGGUUCAAGUCUUGUCAUGCAACGCUCAUAAAAAUCACAUUUUCUUGAAAAUAAAAGGAAGAUUACGGCAUAAAAUUAAGUUGGGGCCAGUCACACUGUAACACCGGGUGAGUCACCUCGUCGAGAGAUGAAAGAGUCGGACCGCUUGCUUCUCUAGUUAUACCAACUUUAGUAACGACCGCACGAUAGUUAUACAAAGCGAACUGAGGAGCCAUAAACAAACCUCAAUCAAAACGCCACUCUAUAGCUACAAAUAAUGCUCAGAACAGCACCUAACUUCAUCAACAGUACAUAUAGGGUCCUAGCCACAGUACUAGCCACCAAACAUCUUUUUAACUUUGCCUGAUUUCUUUGGCAAAGAGACUAAACACAGCUCACCUACUCUCUUCUAGCAGCCGCUUGUUUGUAGCGAGACCUAGGGACAGUCCAUUACAGACUACAGCAGGGUUACACAGCUCAAGGAAGAACAUUUAUGAUUAUUACUUCAUCAUUUCCUUGAAGUAAAAAUCAUCAUAUUAAUCAUUUUGCACUGCAGACGCGGUAGUUCUUCUGCCUUAGCGUCUCGGUCUGAUUGUAUUUCCAUGAAGAAAUGAUCAUAAAUGUUCUUCCUUGAGCUGUGUAACCCCGCUGUAGUCUGUAAUGGACUGGCCUGAAGUCUCGCUACAAACAAGCAGCUGCUGGAAGAGAGUAGGUGAGUUGUGUUUAGUCUCUUUGCUAAAGAAAUUAGGCAAAGUUAAAAAGAUGUUUGGUGGCUAGAGCUAUGGCUGGGAUCCUGUAUGUACUGUUGAUGAAGUUAGGUGCUGUUCUGAGCAUUAUUUGUGGCUAUAGAGUGGCGUUUUGGUUGAGGUUUGUUUAAUGCUCCUCAGACAGCUGUGUAUUGCUAUCAAGCAGUCGUUACUUAAGUUGGUAUAACUAGAGAAGCAAGCAGAUGGUAACAUUCAUCUCUCGAGGGGGUGUCUAACUCAGUGUUACCAUGUGUUUGACCCGAAAUUAAUUUUAUGCUUGAAUAUCCCUUUUAAAGUUUCUCUAAAGCAGAGUGGACUCAUGGAAACUACUGCUGCUUUUUCUCGUGUUUUCUCUCCGGUGUGGUCAGGGGUGAACACGGUUAAUGCUCGUAUGGAAACAAGAGUACAACAAUGUUUGAAUCAUGAGCUCGUACUGGGGCGCACUGCACUGCCGCACUCCCAUGCUGAUUCACUUUAAUGAGGGACUUUGUGGCCUUGUCCACUGAACGAGCAUGUAGCUCGAAUGUAAAGGUGACCUAGAUUCGUAUUUGCUGCAUUUAAACACACUGUUAAAAUCUGAAUAAUACAUGCGAAGGUCACAUAUUUCCUGCUUGAUGGAUUUGGUCUACACAUGCAUGAAGCAUAUCUUCUCAGAUAUUGGAUUGUGACUUUUUUCCAUAAAUGUUUAGCUUCAGUCGAGUCCUGCUGCUUUUCCCUAUGUGUGCAAAGUGAUAGCGCUAAAUAAAGACAUGUUUAUUUAUUAAAGGCGCAGGAUAGACAUUACAUAACAUCUUCUCCAAUGAAAGGACAUGCUAGCAUACCUGUAUGUAAUGCCAUGUUACAUAUAGAAUUUAUAAAGUGUUAAAACAUAGAUCUAUUUUCAGAAAUCUUGGGUAAAUGUGGGUUAACGUGAUGUGACUCAUGCUUUACUCGCUGUAACUCAUUAAAUACAAACUGAGAAUGUUGAACAUCUCGUCUCCUGAGUGUUUUUCUUGGACAAAACGAUGAAGGCUAAAUGGGUGGAGCAGCUCUGUGUGUAAAUUAUGAUAAUAAAUUAGAAGUCCCAGCCUUUUUCUAACAUGGAUACCUCAAUAAUGCUUUUUCUCUACAGAUCAAAUCCACAUUAGGCUGCUAGAAUAUUUGCAUUUUUUACUUUUAACAGCAACAAUUUAAGGAGGUAUUCUGGCGUAAAAUUAGUUUAGGGUCAAACACAGCGUAACACAGAGUUAGACACCCCCUUAAGAGAUGAAUGUUGCCGACUGCUUGCUUCUCUAAUUAUACGAAUUUUAGUA